UGUUCGUUUCUCUCAUCUGCUACUUAGAAAGACAAAGGAUCGAUGGGGGGCUGUUGACACCUCCGUGUCCGGCCCGGGUAUAAAGGAGGGCUCUCCGCAGACCUGCAGCAUUCACUCUCCUGCUGCACUUGGAGCGACAACCUCGACAGAGACCCUCGACUACUAUUUUUCAGCUUUUUUCAACUAACAGGCAGAAUGCAGGUGCCAAACAGACCAGUUGGAACUUAUGGAUACUCAGUGCGUAAUUACGCACCAGCAUCGCUCUACCCGCACUAUCAGGGCAGCCAGUGCGCGUCCUCACCGAAGCCUCAGAGUGGGAAAUCUUUCACUAUCGAUGCUCUGCUCGCCAAGCCGGAGGAGACAACAACCUGCCGGGCGAGUCCCACUCACUGCGGGGAGAAGUAUCAGCCAGCAGCUCCGGUUUUGCCUCUACCUGGACACGUUGGUCUACAAUUACCCACAGCACCUUACGUUUACUCUCCGAGCAUGCUGCACUCAGCGGUUCACUCACAGCCUGGAUACUCAGUCUACUGCUGCCCACCUUUCACCUACCAGGCAUCGUGUCGUGGAACAUUUUACGCACAAGGUAAGAGGAAAAGUCCAACUAGGAGAGUCAAACACGCGUAAAAGUCAAAACUGGUUUGUGUUUCCACGGCAGUAUUACUAAAUACAAACUCUUCUUUCAACAGGUUCGAUGUCCAAAGUCAACGCAGGUCUGCACUCCUUCAAAACCAAAGGUGGGAAGUCGAAACGCAUGCGCACUAGUUUCACCAGCGAGCAGCUCUCCCGGCUGGAGAAGGAGUUCGCCCGGCAGCAGUACAUGGUCGGGUCAGAGCGGUUCCUCCUGGCCUCAGCGCUGCAGCUCACAGAAGCUCAGGUAAGAAGUCAUGAAUAGAAACGAAUAACUCAAAUCAUCUCGCUACAUGAACUCGUUUAUUUUCUAAGUCAAGAUCUCUAAAGUGGAUUUUGUUUCAUUUCUCUCCAGGUCAAAGUCUGGUUCCAGAACAGACGCAUCAAGUGGCGCAAACAGAGUCUGGAGCAGCAGCAGGCCAAACUCGCCAAACUGGGUCUAGCUGCUCCACCCAAAAGUCCCGGAUCUCAGGGCCACGGUGAUGAAGGAGAUGAGGAUGAGGAGUUCUCUGACCUGGACGUGGACAUCGAUGUCUCUGAUGACUGUACUGAUCACUGCUGACUGAACCCCUCUGGACUUGUUCAAGGACUUUGUACAUAGUGCUGAGAAAGGAGGCCUGUGUGUCUCCAACUAUGAGUAUUUAAUAGAUGUAUAGUUUUAUAUUUAAGUUUCCACACAUAUCGCUCUUUGAUGAGUCACUUCAUGGUUUUUGUACAUUUUGACUGAAAUAUACAGAAAU